CGAGUUUCCCCCUUCUUCAGCGACCUUGAAAUACUUUGGAAUCAGGUAGGUCUUCUUGACCUGUGGGAUUACUUUGACCUAUAUAGUCAAUGCAAUGCCUGCGAGUGGCUCGGCCGGUACAAGAUGAUAAGCUCGGAGUCUCUGACCCUGCUUUCCCAAAUGGGUUCAGAACAUCCUGUAGGAAAUGUGCGAUUUCCCGGGGCCCUGUACAAAUUGAUUGGCAAGGCUAAGGUGGAAGACCAGGUGAGGUUUCUUGCCUUGACCUUUGGCCAUAUCAUCCACCUCAUGGAUGACAGAGAGCACAUGAAUUCAGUGAAAUGGAACCACAAGACCAUUGAUAAUUUUCUAAGUGUCCUGCACAGGCAGUCAUCUGAACUAAAAGAAUGUGUGUCUCAAUACCAUAAAUCAUCACACAAAGAGUCUUACGAGAUAAGAAUAAACAGGCACUUCAGGGAUUUAAUGAAAAUUCUAAAGAAAAAGGAAUACAGUGCUCAGGGAUGGGAACAGAUCCGGAGAGCUGUGAGAAGUCACCUUAAUAGGAUGGACAUCAUUGCAAGCCAUUUAAAGACCCUGCUGAGAUAUUAAAAGACAGAACUGGCGACAGGAAGAAAGAACCGCUUGACUUUGUGACAAACAAAAACUUGAUGGUGUUUAUAUAAUGGUCUCACUUUUGUAUUUAAUUUCAAUGAAUGUAGCACUAAUUUGUGCAGAAUUGUAACAAAGUUUAUCUUAUGUGUUCUUUAUGAAAACUUGAAAAAAUCAGAUCUGGUUAUAUUUCUCACACAUAUCUGACCAAUUAACAA